GGAUCUGCCGUCUGUGUUGCUGAUGGCGGAACCGGACGGUGUGUGCAGAUAGCUACCUUUUAAUUUUUUUUUAUGAAAAGUAUUUAUACCACAAGGGUUCUUGGAAUAUUUUAACCAGGCGUUGUUCGAAUGCAACAUUAUUAUUUUAUAAUUAACUAAUGUGCUAUUUAAUGUGCGUUUUUGUACAGUAUUUAUGUGUUAGCAAAUAGCUCCGUUAGCAUCUUUGUUGGAGAGAAGGCCUAGCGGAAAACACCGCUUGUCGAUUUUAACAAAAGCCGCGUCACCCUCCCCUUCCUCCGCCUGUUCGGAUGCCGGUGAAUCGUAACCUUUUGAAGAUGGCUGGAUAAACGUAUGGAGUGUGGAUUCAUAUUUUGGGAUUAAACCAAGGACAGUUACAUCGUUGAUGGACUUUUAAAUCCGGUGGAGUUGAGAAACCUUCAGAGAUCUGCAUCGGGAGAAUUAGGGACCACAAAGGAAGAUGUCCAACGGCGCAGCGGGCAGUGGGGGUUUAACCUGGGUGACCCUCUUUGAAAAAAACAAUGCCGCCAAAAAGGAGGAGGCCGCGGCGAACGGCGGCAAGAGCGAGUCCACCAAGAAGGAGGGCUCCAAGAAGAUGACGGUGGAGCGCGUGUACCAGAAGAAGACGCAGCUGGAGCACAUCCUGCUCCGCCCGGACACCUACAUCGGCUCGGUGGAGCCCGUCACACAGCAAUUGUGGGUGUUUGAUGAAGAUGUCGGGAUGAACCUGCGAGAAAUCACAUAUGUCCCUGGACUCUACAAAAUCUUUGAUGAAAUUCUUGUAAAUGCAGCCGACAACAAACAAAGAGACAAGCAUAUGACCACCAUAAAGAUCAACAUUGAUCCCGAAUCCAACACCAUCUCCGUGUGGAACAACGGCAAAGGCAUCCCCGUGGUGGAGCACAAGGACGAGAAGAUGUACGUCCCGGCCCUCAUCUUCGGCCAUCUCCUCACCUCCAGCAACUACGACGACGAGCAGAAGAAGGUCACAGGUGGGCGCAACGGCUACGGGGCCAAACUCUGCAACAUCUUCAGCACCAAGUUCACAGUGGAGACGGCCUGCAAGGAGUACAAGCAUAGCUUCAAACAGACCUGGCAGAACAACAUGACCAAGACGGCGGAGCCCAAGAUCAAGCACUUUGACAGCGAGGACUUCACCAACGUGACCUUCCAGCCCGACCUGUCCAAGUUCAACAUGGAGAAGCUGGACAAGGACAUUGUGGCGCUGCUGACCCGCCGCGCGUACGACAUCGCCGGCUCCUGUCGAGGGGUCAAGGUCGUGCUGAACGGGAAGAAGCUGCCGGUGACGGGCUUCCGCAGCUACGUGGACCUGUACGUGAAGGACAAGCUGGACGAGACGGGCGUGGCACUGAAGGUGGUGAACGAGUCGGUGAGCGACCGCUGGGAGGUGGGCCUGGCCAUGAGCGAGAAGGGCUUCCAGCAGGUCAGCUUCGUCAACAGCAUCGCCACCACCAAGGGCGGGAGACACAUCGACUACGUGGUGGACCAGAUUGUGUCCAAGCUCAUCGAGGUGGUGAAGAAGAAGAACAAGGCUGGGGUCUCGGUCAAGCCCUUCCAGGUGAAGAACCACAUCUGGGUGUUUGUGAACGCACUGAUCGAGAACCCCACAUUCGACUCUCAGACCAAGGAGAACAUGACGCUGCAGACCAAGAGCUUCGGCUCCAAGUGCCUUCUGUCUGAGAAGUUCAUCCGGGCGGCCACCAACUGUGGCAUCGUGGAGAGCAUCCUGAACUGGGUGAAGUUCAAGGCCCAGACCCAGCUCAACAAGAAGUGCUCGUCCGUCAAGUACAGCAAGAUCAAAGGCAUCCCCAAGCUGGACGAUGCCAACGACGCAGGCGGCAGACACUCGUCAGAAUGCACGCUCAUCCUGACGGAGGGAGACUCUGCCAAGUCGUUGGCGGUCUCAGGGCUGGGGGUCAUCGGACGCGACCGCUAUGGGGUCUUCCCCCUCCGAGGGAAGAUCCUCAAUGUGCGAGAGGCCUCGCACAAACAGAUCAUGGAGAACGCUGAGAUCAACAACAUCAUCAAGAUCGUGGGGCUGCAGUACAAGAAGAGCUACGAGGACCCCGAGUCUCUCAAGUCCCUGCGCUACGGCAAGAUCAUGAUCAUGACGGAUCAGGAUCAAGAUGGCUCCCACAUCAAAGGAUUGCUGAUCAACUUCUUCCACCACAACUGGCCGUCCCUCCUCAAGCACACCUUCCUGGAGGAGUUCAUCACCCCCAUCGUCAAGGUGAGCAAGAACAAGGUGGAUCUGGCCUUUUACAGCAUUCCCGAGUUUGACGAGUGGAAGCAAAACACAGAAAACUACAAAACCUGGCAUAUAAAGUACUACAAAGGUCUGGGGACCAGCACGAGCAAAGAGGCCAAGGAGUACUUCUCAGAGAUGGAGCGGCACCGCAUCAUGUUCCGAUACGGCGGCACGGAGGACGACUCGGCCAUCACUCUGGCCUUCAGCAAGAAGAAGACGGACGACCGCAAGGAGUGGCUGACCAACUUCAUGGAGGACCGCCGCCAGCGCCGGUUGCACGGCCUGCCUGAGCAAUACCUGUACGGAACGCAGACCAGGCACCUGUCCUACAACGACUUCAUCAACAAGGAGCUCAUCCUCUUCUCCAACUCGGACAACGAGAGGUCCCUGCCCUCCCUGGUGGACGGUCUCAAGCCGGGCCAGAGGAAGGUGCUCUUCACCUGCAUGAAGAGGAACGACAAGAGGGAGGUGAAGGUUGCCCAGCUGGCUGGCUCCGUGGCAGAGAUGUCUGCCUACCAUCAUGGAGAGCAAACCCUCAUGAUGACCAUCGUGAACCUGGCGCAGAACUUUGUGGGCAGCAACAACGUCAACAUCCUCCAGCCCCUGGGACAGUUCGGUACCCGCAUCAACGGGGGCAAGGAUGCUGCUAGCCCCCGUUACAUCUUCACCAUGCUCAGCCCCCUGGCCAGGCUGCUGUUCCCGGCCGUGGACUCCAACCUGCUCAAGUUCCUGUACGACGACAACCAGAAGGUGGAGCCCGAGUGGUACAUCCCCAUCAUCCCCAUGGUGCUGGUGAACGGGGCGGAGGGCAUCGGCACCGGCUGGGCCUGCAAGCUGCCCAACUACGACCCCCGCGAGAUCGUCAACAACAUCUACCGCAUGCUCAGCCACCAGGACCCCCUGCCUAUGCUCCCCAGGUACAAGAACUUCAAAGGAGUGAUCCACGAGCUGGGGCAGAACCAGUACCUGGUCAGUGGAGAGAUCUCCGUCAUCGACAAGAACACCGUCGAGAUCACCGAGCUGCCCGUCCGCACCUGGACUCAGGCCUACAAGGAGUCGGUCCUGGAGCCCAUGCUGCAGGGCACGGACAAGACCCCCGCCCUGAUCAACGACUACAAGGAGUACCACACGGACUCCACCGUCAAGUUCCUGGUGCGCAUGUCGGAGGAGAAGCUGAUCCAGGCCGAGGCGGCCGGGCUGCACAAGGUCUUCAAGCUGCAGUCGUCCCUGACCUGCAACUCCAUGGUGCUGUUCGACCACAUGGGCUGUCUGAAGCGCUACGACUCGGUGCACGACAUCCUGCGGGAGUUCUUCACGCUGCGCCUGCAGUACUACAAGCUGAGGAAGGACUGGCUGCUGGGCAGCCUGGGGGCCGACGCCGCCAAGCUGUCCAACCAGGCCCGCUUCGUCCUGGAGAAGAUCGAGGGCAAGGUCGUCAUCGAGAACAAGUCGAAGCGGGAGCUGAUCCGGAUGCUGGUGCAGAAGGGCUACGAGUCUGACCCGGUGGUGGCCUGGACCAAGGCCCAGGAGAAGGCCUUGGAGGAGGACGAGCGCGACGGCAACGACAGCGACGCCUCCGGGGACUCGGGCUCCACGUCGGGGCCCAACUUCAACUACAUCCUCAACAUGCCGCUGUGGUGCCUGACCAAGGAGAAGGUGGAGGAGCUGCUCCGGCAGCGCGACCUCAAGACGGGGGAGCUGAACGGUCUGGAGAGGAAGUCGUCUGAGGAUCUGUGGAAGGAGGACCUGGCGGUGUUCAUCGAGCAGCUGGACAGCGUGGAGGCACAGGAGCGGGACGAGCAGAAUAUGGGCCGGGCCACCAAGCUGGUGAAGGGCAAGGUGGGCAAGCCCAAGGUGAAGAAGAUCCACCUGGAGGAGACGCUGCCCUCGCCCUACGGCCGGCGCGUGGAGCCGCCCAGCCAGCCCAUGAAGGCCGACACGGCCAAGAAGCUCAUCAAGAGGAAGAAGGGCGACACCGACGUGGUGGUGAAGAUGGAGUUUGACGAGGACGGAGAGGGAGCUUCCAAGGAGAACUCUCUGAACUCGCCGUCGUCUGGCCCCGCCGCCUCGACGCCCGCCAGCGCGGCCAAGCCCAAGACGCCCCGCGUGAAGAGGGAGAAGAAGGAGCCAGGAGCCCCCCGGGUGAGGAAGACCCCGGUGCCCAAGGGCACGCCCACCAAGAAGGUGAAGAAGAGGAACCCCUGGUCGGACGAGGAGUCGGAGAAGUCGGAGAGCGAGCUGGAUGAGAGCGAGUUCGUCGUCCCCCGAGAGACCAAGUCCCAGAGGGCCUCCGCCUCCAAGGCCAAGUACACCUUUGACUUCUCGGAGGAGGAGGACGAUGACGAGGAGAACGGCGAGGACAACGGGGCCCGCUCGCCCGCCAGGUCCUACAUGGAGGACGCGGACCCCCCCGAGGGCAAGGCCAGCGACGAGGACCCCGACGACCAGGACACCCCCCCCUCGCCCCCCAAACACACUCCAGCGCCGGCAGCUGCACCACAGGAGAGGGACUCGGCCAGCAUCUUCCCCUCCAAGGCCUUCUCAGAGAAGAGCAACGACAGUGACGGCUCUAAGUCAGACAGUGAUGGUGGCGUGCGGCCGGGGGCCUUCUCCUCUCUCUCCGGCGGCUCGGCGCUCGAGAAGACGCCCCCCGCUAAGAAAGCAGCCAGGAAGCCCUCAGAAGCGGCCCCCAGGGCGAGGAAACCAGCAGCACCCAAAGACAAGAAACCAGACAAGUCUGUGUGGGACUCGGACUCAGACACGCCGUCCAAGAAGCCUUCACCAGCACUUAAAGGCAAAGGCCGAGGGAGGAAGAGGAAGGACUCCGGCUCCGAGGACGGGGACUACGGCUCGACGAAGAAGCCGAAGGCCGCGUCGGGCAAGAAAUCCAAAAAGGCGUUGUCGUCGGAGUCGUCGGACGAGGACGAGGACCCGCUGGUCAGCACGCCGCUGGCGGCCCGCGUGGAGGCCCGGGCCCGGGCCGAGGCCCUUUCGCGGGACCGUCCCGAGGCCCUGUCGAGGGACCGUCCCGGCCGCGCCAAGAAGGAGGUCAACUACUUCGCCGAGCUGGACGACGACGAUGAGGACGACGGCAUGUUCGACUAGCCGACCUCCCCUCCCCCCUCCCUCACCCCCCCCCCCCCCCCCCCCCACACACACGCAUUACCGCCCCUCUCCGACCCCCAGACCCCCCCCCAUGUGCCCAGACUUUUGUACAUUUCCCUCCCGGUUUCAUUUGUUACUUGACUCUUUGUGUUCUUUUAAUGGUGUCGAUGUUAUUUCUUUUUUACCGUGUAGGUGUUUUACACUUUUAUUAUAUACAUAUGCAGUUGUUUUUUUAAUUAAUCUUAUUCUCAUGAAGUGUUGUGUAUCGUAUGGAGCAGCUGUAGAAUCGUAGACCUGUAGUAAGAGUCAUCUGUACCUUUUGACAUGAACUUGAAAGUAAACAACGAAAUGGAAGAACA